UGCAGCGCAAACCAUGUAUCCCGUCCCUACGCGACCUAACCUACCCCAAGCAUGUCAUAACCCCCUCCCAUGCUGAUAAGCACAAUAAUUAUCUAUAUUUUAUAUAGGUAAUUAUGAUUAUCUGUACAAAUAUUCAAAGAUAAAACAGGCAAAAAUCCCAAUUUGAGCGAAACCGCAAAAUGUUUCAAAGAUAAAACAGGCAAAGAUCCUCUGAUGGUCUUGUCCGCAUGGGACUUCUCUUCAGGAGCUCCUGAUGUGAACUGACCUCUUAGAAAGAAUGUCAGAAAUAAGACUUACGGGUCUUGUGCGGACAAAAAUGAGAUGAAGUUCCAUUUUAGACAAAUAAGUGACCAAAAGAGGGGGGAAAUGUCUCUAAUACCCUUACUAUCUCAUAUUCCUUGGAUUCCAAUUCUGAUUUCCACCAUCGCUCGACAAGGCCAACCAGUUUCAGAUCUGGAGAUGGUGCACCGCUCAUGCGAUGAAGACGACGCAUCACCCCACCGCCGUCAGCUAUGUCGUCACUUCUCAUUGACCCUCAUGUCCGACGACUGCCUCUCACCUCCUUCUCUAACAACUUAUAUGUUCUUCGGUUCUUCUUUCCAUUGCCACCUUACCCAUCGCAUCCUGCCGCCACCGCCGCGACUUGAAUCGUCGUCAAAUAGGAACGUCUGUGUCUCCAUCUCUUCUUCUUAUGUCUACUUUGCUUCUCCUUCGAUUCGAAUGGGCACAGCGACCAGACAUCUUCUUCGAUUUAUGAGGUGCUAAACUGACGAGUAGGGUCAUCAGAGGAAGGCGGCGGUCGGCGGCUAUUAGGGCUAUGAAAGAUUCAAUUUUUUAGAUGGCUAAGGUUAUCGGAGGAGGGCGACAACCGUUAUGGCGAAGGGCAUGUGAUCGGACUAAACUUGCAAGUGUACAAGUGCCGAUAUAGUAAUAAAUUCCGGUAAAAUAUCGGGUCGAAGCCACAGGAAAACGUUGUUUAAUUUAGUCCGAGAGUAGAUGACUUUAAAUAAAUAAAUGAGUAAAGUGCAUGGAUUUUGAUU